UCUCAAUCUUUCUUUCUACAUGAAAACAGACCUUUGAUUCUUGUAUAUCACUUACAGAUAAGUUGACAUUUCAUUCACCCAGAGAAUCAUUGAAAUAUAAUUAAAGCUCUUGCCGAAAAAAAAGAAAAGGCAACUAUUGCUAUACAAGAAACACUCUCUUAUCUAUGCUCAGAUUUAGUAAGUGCAGGAUAAUAUAUUAGGUGAGCAAAUUAGAGUUCCGGGUUUACAUGAUUAAUGAAAUAGGCAGGAUGGUUUUGUAGUGCCAAAAGGAACUGUUCUGACUAAGAUAACAGAGCUACCUGAAAGGGGAAAAAGUUUGCUCCACUAGUAUAAACAAUGAACUGCAACCAAUGGCGAUACAAUUCCAACAAUGAAAAAGCUAAGGAACACUUUCGCUAUUGUUUCUCAUCCCUCCUUGGUCUCAGAUAGUGAAUAAGAUUUAGAAAGCAUGUUAGAGAGCUUGGCUUGAAGAGCAAAUCGAUCCCUUGGUAUUUAUUUUUGUCACCUAACCAUAAUGAUGUUAUUGCAAUUGUUGCUCCACCUCCUAUGAAACCUCCUCCUCUGCCACCUCUAAUUAUCACCUGGAAAACAGCGUCUCAUGUCUGUGGCAUAUCACUUACAGAUAAUGUUGUUGAGAUCAUUUUCCAUGUGUUUGACUCCAAUCGUGAUGGGCAUUCAACUGCAGAUGAGUUUUUUAGAGUUUCACUUAAAACAGAAAGGGAUGUUCCUCAACCUGUAAAGUCAGGAAUCUUGGGACUCUUAUCUUGUUGCUGGAACUGUUCUAAUAAUAUCUCCAUUUGGCGGCUAUGGAAUGUUCUUGUGAGUGGAAGCUGGGAAAAUGGCUGUUGGUCAACUUAUCCAGACAAGAGAGAAAGAGGAGGUAACACCACUAGAGGAGUCCAUGGUGGCAACAGACUGGACAAGUUUCCUCUGGUGCUCAUAAGUGGAAGCAGCAGAACCUACAAGCUCUCUCUACAAUGGUGACAGAUUGGACAAGUUUCCUUUGGAUCUCGUAGAGUGGGUUAGGACCCAAACAUUUUUCAAUAAUUUUGACUGAAAUUUUGUUCCGAGGAACUUUUAUAUUUAGGCCUCUUAUUAAAAAAGAGUGGAAGUAGCAGAACCUUCAAGCUAGGGGAGUUAGGGAGAGAGAGACUGAGAGACCAAGUUUUUGCUUUUGCCUGGUUAUUGAGUUAGAGAGUGAUUUCACUCAGUGUGAUUCUGAUUACCAGUUGUUUCUUUGAUGCUAGAAGGGUAAAAUGGGUAUAAAUUCAUGCCACAUCAUUAAGUAAAUGGAAACUCAAAUGGUGGAGUAUGACAAGAUUUAUGUGUCCUGCAACAUAUUAUUUUGGGGUGAAGUAUCCAUUUUCAAUACUAAUGGACCCAAAGUGAAUUAUGAUCAAACCCAAAGUGAGUGGGGUUAAUUUAUCCUUAAAUGUUUUAUGUAAUGAAAAUAUCUAUAUUCAAGUUUUUGUUAAUUAUAUUUAAAAAAAAUCAAAAUUGUGCUAUUAGGUGCAGCUGAUGGAUUCAAAAUGGAAAGGCAUGUGAUUUCAAAAAUUAUUUCUGUGAAGUAUCAUUUUGCUCAUCAGUUGAUACUCAGAUAUUUGCUGAGGGAAACAGUUCUUUAAAUUUGAAAAUCAAUUUGUGAAAAUGCAUGGUAUGGUCAGUUCUGAUCACACUGGGUAGACAUAUCAUGUUGAAUGAAGAAAUGUAGUACCUAUCGUCCUAUUGAUUGAAUUUUUAGAUUUUUUUGGACUCUGAUAGGCCUUUUAACUUUGUCUCUGCUUGCUGCGUCUAAACAGGAGUUUCUCUAAGAUUUCAUAUUUGUCUUGAAUUCUGGACAAAUCAUCUUGAAAAGAGAAAAGCUCAAAAAGUAGAAAGGCCAAUUGUGGAUGGGUGAUUCGUAGAAGUAAAGAUGAGGGAUGAGUGAUAAAAGUUUGGAGAACCAUGGUUGUUUACCACAGAUGCCGAUAUGCUUGUGAUGCUUAUUAUUCUGUAGCUUAACAUGGCAUAUUUUUUUCUUUUCUUUUGCUGGUUUCCCCCCCUUUUUUUUUCCAGGUUUAUGUAUGUUUGGUAACCAAACUGUUUCGAAGAAGGUGAUAAAAUUUUUGAGGAUAUGAGUAGUAAUUUUUCUUUUUCUCUUAUUGCUUUUUCCUAAUUGUUAGAUAUUAGGAAUGCUAUUCAUGCUUCUUAUGUAAAAUACUUUUUUGAGUAUUUACUGUCACAGCCCCAUCAUAGCUUUUCUGAACUAAGUGUGGACUCUGAAAUGAUCUAUAAAGUUGUGGCUGCUAAGCUUAGAACUUGGUUUAAAAAGUGUCAAGGCUAUUCUAUUUACCAUCUUCUUCGUUCCUAAUGUCGUAAACAAAGAUCGCACUGCUUUACAUUUGAAUUGCAUGUCUGAUGUUGAUAUAGGAUGCUAAUACAUUUGUUUGAGCUGCAAAAUUUCUCUCCAAUUCUCCAUCCUUUCUGUUUUAACUAGGACAGAAUUGUCUAUUUUAGAAGACUUGUAGGGUAUAAACUACUUUUUUUUUUUUGGAAUUCUGGUUAAUUUGGAAAUGGUUUCAUUUCCUGAAGGCUUGCUGGCUGUUGUUAUGUUUUUUCUCUCAAAAGUUGCUUUGC